AAAACAAGGGUCAGAAAGGAAAUCAAUUUCUGCAGAGAAGUCAUGCGAGUGAUUGAGUAUUUGCUAUGUCAUUCAUGUCAUGCUUAAUCAUCUCAGUUUGUAAGUACUGACCCUACAGUCUCACAGGGAGGACAUUGGUUCCUUGAUACUUCUAUUAAUGAACCAUGUCGUGUAGCCAAUGUGCUUGGAUUCAUUGAGUUUCUCGCUUCCAAAUGAAUCCACGGUCCGAAUUUUAUGUUACUUACAUGUUUGAUGAAAGGUAUCUAACUCUUUAAACUAAAAAAUGGGAAGAGUUGCCUCCAAACGACAAAAUUGGCCAGCCUUCAAACAAAAGAAGAGGAAAAACUGGCCAGCCUUUAGAGAAUCAACGAAUCUAAUCAAUUUUCUUGCUAUUAUUUAUUAUUUUGGCUCUGCAUAGAACAAAACCAAUGGGAGACUACUUUGGUAGCAAAAAUAUAGAAAAAUAAAAAAAGAAGUUUGUCAACGAGGACGACCCACGUCUGGUUCUUCUUUUCUGUGGUGUCUCUCAAAACGUGACCUUUUCCAUUGUCUCCAUAAGAGUGCUGGCCAAUAUAUAAUCAAAACCUUCAAUGCUUUAUUGGAAAUAAACUCAGAGUGGUUUUCCAUUCAAUCAUUAAUCUCCCUCCAUGAACAACAUCCUGCUCUUUUUUUUAAAUGUCUGAAUGACCUGGCAGCAUCUUUGCUUGGACCAGAAGCUCCUUUAUAUAAGCAAGCCUUUGAUUGCUGACCCGCAAUAGGCUGGCUCGGGGGUUUCCUCACUUUUGCUUGGUAGGAUCACAAGCUCCAGAGUUGUAAAAUGGGAAGGCAACCUUGUUGUGAUAAGAUUGGAUUGAAGAGAGGUCCAUGGACAAUUGAGGAAGAUCACAAGCUCAUGAACUUCAUCCUCAACAAUGGCAUCCACUGCUGGAGAAUGGUUCCUAAACUUGCAGGUUUGCUGAGAUGUGGGAAAAGUUGCAGAUUAAGAUGGAUAAAUUAUCUGAGGCCAGAUCUUAAGAGAGGUUGUUUCACUGAAAAUGAAGAGAAUGAAAUUAUUCAACUUCAUUCACGUCUGGGUAACAGGUGGUCUAAGAUUGCAGCACAUUUUCCUGGCCGCACAGACAAUGAAAUCAAGAACCAUUGGAAUACACGAAUCAAGAAGAGAUUAAAGCUCCUUAGCUUAGACCCUGUGACUCACGAGCCCAUUGAGCAAAAGGGAAUAAGUAGUGAUAAAAAUGAGACAGCAGUAGAGUCACGUUCAUCGAAAGGACAAGAGAAAAGCGAGGAAUUUAAGUCCAUGGAUAGUCAUGCCAAGAGAGAUUCUCUAGGAACAGAGGAGAAAAUGGAUGAAGUGAAGCUAAUCUUGGAUGAAACAAACGAUCUACUAAGCAGUUAUGACAUCAGGUGGGGAGGCUUGGAUUUUGGAUCAUGGAUGCAUCAAGAAACCAACACUAAAAGUUAUUAUAGCUUGGAAAAUUCUGUCAACCCUUCUAUGGGUGAAUCGUCCUCUAUUCAAGAAGAGUCUCUACAACAAUGGGUUGAAAGUGUGGAUUCCGUACUCUCUUGGGAUGGUUUCAAUUAUCUGGAACAGGAACUUUUCUUCUUGCAAAACAGCAAAUGAACACACUCCCAUCUGACCCCCCAAGUAUCUAUGGUUUCUUUUUGGAUGAAAAGUGUCUUAAUUAGUUUCUUGAACACCAGGCAAGAAAAUUGUUGGAAGAAGUAGUUAUUGUGAAGAUGAUUGUGAGUGACUUUCUAUGAAGUAAGAAACUGCAUGCCAGUCCUUCCAUUUCUUCUAAUGUUUGGUUCACGAUAUCGCAUCUGAUUCAUAUGGUGGAUUAAUGAUCUCAUGCAAAAAGUAAAUGCUCAAAACACUUGGAGACA